UCGUUUCUUCCUCCACCCACCUCUCUCUCGUUUUCGAUUCCCCCAAACGCCCCUCUCUGGUCUCUGCUCAACCAUGGCUUCUUGCUCCAAUCCUCCUCCUCUCUCUUCACCGCUCUCCCCUUCUCUCCAAACCCGAAAACUCUUCGCUCCUCUCUCCUAUCCUCGCUCCGGCGGACCCUCCUAUGCUCUUCAUUUCCACGCCAAAAGGGGCAUUAGGUUUUCAAUCCCACCUCUCCGUCUCAAGGUUCUUUGCUCCGCUGAUUACGACAAAGCUGCAGUGGUCACUGGAGACUCAUGGGAAAAAUCAAUUCUGAACAGCGAAAUCCCUGUUCUGGUUGAAUUUUAUGCUAGUUGGUGUGGACCCUGCAGGAUGGUUCACCGGGUGAUAGAUGAGAUUGCAGAAGAUUAUGCAGGGAGACUUAAAUGCGUUGUGCUGAACACAGACCAUGACUUGCAUAUUGCUGAGAACUAUGAAAUUAAGGCUGUGCCAGUGGUUUUGCUGUUUAAAAAUGGAGAGAAACGUGAAUCUGUAGUUGGAACCAUGCCUAAGGAGUUCUAUGUGGCUGCCAUUGAGAGGGUCCUCUCAUCUUAAUCCCAGUUUGUUUCACAACUAGACCAUCCAGGGAAAUUGAUCAAUUUUCCCCCAUGUCAUAUCAUUUUUAUAUCUUGCUGUCAGCCUGUCACGACACGGUUGUACAUUCUAGUUACCAUCUUCCUCUUCUUCAUCUUCUUCUUCUUCUUCUUCUUCUUCUUUUUUGAAGAAUGAGCUGGUAUGAGUUUAUGUUUUGUACAUAUGACCUCGACUGUGCGGCUUGUUUUAGGAAUCUGAAUGCAUUUCAUGUCUAUGCAAGUUGUGCAUCAUUAAUGUUAAUGAACAAUAAAAGGUUCAAAGUCGGUCAAUUUGCAUUUAUUAA